GUCGCGCCGGUGACGUCGCGGCCGCUUCUCUGCCAUCUUAGCUGUGGACGAGAGGUAGCAACUUCGGAGGAGCCAAGAGGGGCCGAGAUGCAUCCAGAGCAUUUGUGACCGGGGACUACUCUGAAGCAGGCCUUGUAGAUGAUGUAUCCGACCUGUCAUUUUCUGAGAUGCUGACACUCCAAAACUGGCUUUCAUUCUAUGAGAAGAAUUACAAAUUCAUUGGAAGGGUGAUAGGAAGGUUCUAUGGAGAGGAUGGGCUCCCCACCCCAGAACUGACCCAGGCAGAAGCCAUGAUGACCAAAGGCUUGGAAGCAGACAGACAGGAGCUGACAGAGAAGCAGAGGUUCCCACCGUGCAACGCUGAGUGGAGCUUCAUCAGGGGUAGCCGGUUCUGGUGUUCCCAACAGAGUGGAGGUGUGAGCAGAGACUGGAUCGGCGUUCCCAGGAAGCUGUUUAAGCCAGGUGUCAAGCCCCACUGCGUGUGUGUGAGAACAACUGGCCCCCCGAGUGACCAGUCACCGGAAAACCCUCCGCACAGAAAUCGUGGGGACCUGGACCACCCCAACUUGGAGGAGUACCCAGGCUGCCCACCCCUCUCCAUCACAUGCUCUGUCCCCCUCUAAGCUG